ACGUUGGUGCCACAUGAAACAUUCUCUGCCUCCAAAGGCUCCAGAGGCUGUGGGAAGCAGCACAUCAGCGAGAACUCCUGGCUGCUGGACUCCGCAGGGAGGGAAGGAAGAUUGGUCGCAAAUGUCCCAGCAGAAGUGCAUCGUGAUCUUUGCCCUGGUGUGCUGCUUUGCCAUUCUCGUUGCACUGAUCUUUUCAGCUGUGGACAUCAUGGGAGAGGAUGAGGAUGGACUCUCAGAAAAAAAUUGCCAAAAUAAAUGUCGAAUUGCCCUGGUGGAAAAUAUUCCUGAAGGCCUUAACUAUUCAGAAAAUGCACCAUUUCACUUAUCACUUUUCCAAGGCUGGAUGAAUUUACUCAACAUGGCCAAAAAGUCUGUUGACAUAGUGUCUUCCCAUUGGGAUCUCAACCACACUCAUCCAUCAGCAUGUCAGGGUCAACGUCUUUUUGAAAAGUUGCUCCAACUGACUUCACAAAAUAUUGAAAUCAAGCUAGUGAGUGAUGUAACAGCUGAUUCAAAGGUAUUAGAAGCCUUGAAAUUAAAGGGAGCCGAGGUGACGUACAUGAACAUGACCGCUUACAACAAGGGCCGGCUGCAGUCCUCCUUCUGGAUCGUGGACAAACAGCACGUGUAUAUCGGCAGUGCCGGUUUGGAAUGGCAGUCCCUGGGACAGAUGAAAGAACUUGGUGUCAUCUUCUACAACUGCAGCUGCCUGGUCCUAGACUUACAAAGGAUAUUUGCUCUAUAUAGUUCAUUAAAAUUCAAAAGCAGAGUGCCUCAAACCUGGUCCAAAAGACUCUAUGGAGUCUAUGACAAUGAAAAGAAAUUGCAACUUCAGUUGAAUGAAACCAAAUCUCAAGCAUUUGUAUCGAAUUCUCCAAAACUCUUUUGCCCUAAAAACAGAAGUUUUGACAUAGAUGCCAUCUACAGCGUGAUAGAUGACGCCAAGCAGUAUGUGUACAUCGCUGUGAUGGACUACCUGCCUAUCUCCAGCACAAGCACCAAAAGGACUUACUGGCCAGACUUGGAUGCAAAAAUAAGAGAAGCAUUGGUUUUACGAAGCGUUAGAGUUCGACUCCUUAUAAGCUUCUGGAAGGAAACUGAUCCCCUUACAUUUAACUUUAUUUCAUCUCUCAAAGCGAUUUGCACUGAAAUAGCCAACUGCAGUUUGAAAGUCAAAUUUUUUGAUCUGGAAAGAGAGAAUGCUUGUGCUACAAAAGAACAAAAGAAUCACACCUUCCCUAGGUUAAAUCGCAACAAGUACAUGGUGACAGAUGGAGCAGCUUAUAUUGGAAAUUUUGAUUGGGUAGGGAAUGAUUUCACACAGAAUGCUGGAACGGGCCUUGUUAUCAACCAGGCAGAUGUGAGGAACAACAGAAGCAUCAUUAAGCAACUUAAAGAUGUGUUUGAAAGGGACUGGUAUUCACCGUAUGCCAAAACCUUACAGCCAACCAAACAGCCGAACUGCUCAAGCCUGUUCAAACUCAAACCGCCCUCCAACAAAACUGCCACAGACGAUGCAGGCGGAAAGGAUCCCUGGAACGUAUAACAUGAAUAAACAAACUGAUAGGACAGUUCCGUAUUUCAUAUUUAUACAUAAAGGACUUGAGGAGAGAAAAAAACACUUUAAUAUGUCUCUUUUUUUAGGGAAAAAGCACACUUAUAAAAAAUAUUCUCUGAACGACACAUAAUACCUAUCUAACAAUAUCUUAGCGUCGUGUACACUGAAAUUAAGACUUUUGUAUUUGUUACCUCUGACAGAGAAUGUCAUUCUGGCGUAGAAGUUAGUUUUUACAUUUGCAUACAAAUUUUAAGACUUUCAUUCCUGCUUCUUUCUAGUUUUAGAACUUUUUCUGCUGACCUACCCGGUCAGUUGUUAGGAAGCUUAGCAUGAGGUGGGCUCUUUAACACCAUUCUGAGAACUGCUAAUUUAGAGAGGAAGGUGAGGAUUUUUGCCUUGGAGAAGAGACUGAUAAAACCAGUGUUUAUCCUUGUAAAUCGUCUCCAAGACCGACACAGUCAGCUAAGCGUGAACAGCUUACAUCUCAUGCCAGCCUUCAACACCCUUGAAAAAUAUCCUUUUCUGUCUUGCUCAUUUUCUUCUUAUACCAUAGGUUUUAUUUGUUAUCAUUUUCUCUUCUCACAAAAUGUUCCUAUUAUUUUCUGUAUUCAACCUUAACAUUACUUCUAACUAUAACAUCUUUUGAAAACCUACAAAUUUCUCAGAGUGGAUAGUAAGUGGAAAUAGCAGUCUUUCAUUUUUACCUUUCAAAUGAAUCCUUUUUUCCCCUACCAAAUUGGUAUUUUAAAAAAACGACAGUCAGCAAUAUAUGUCCUUUCUCUCAAGCUCAGAUAAAUUAUGAAAUUAUGUGGCCACCUGCUAAUAUCCAGCAAGCUAUCAAGUCUGCAUUUUGGGAAUAAAGUAGUUUUUCACAUUUUUGUUCAGUUUAUGGUAUUAUAAAGGAAAGAUCUCCAUGCUUCAGUGGAUUUUAAUUCCUUUAGAAUCAUUAUGCUGUUAAGAGUAUGCCAGCAAACAUUUAUAGAGCUAUUUAAUAUACCUUGUGCUAUUUAAUAUACCAAAUGCUUUUCAGAGAAAUGCAAUUUAAAUACUGUGCUUAACAUAUUUUACUAAGAAACAGAAAUAUUGAAUUAUUGUUCUAUAAUGUAAUUGUGUGUUGUUGUUUUAUAUCUAUACAAUAUGUACCCCUGUAUUAAUGGAGACCAUUGCUACACUAGGGAGAGGCAUGGCCUCUUCAGAGCCCACAGCAGGUGGCCGGGAUGUCCAGUUCCGACGUUGUUCCCGACUCUGUGACUCAAAGCAGAGCUCCUCGCUGCUUGGCCUCGGGCUUCUCUUGGUAACGUAGAUGGUAAUACUCACCUACCUCGCAAGGAUGUUGUCACGGUAGGAAAUAUUUAUAACUUGUUUUGAAAUCAAAAGAACCCAUAUAAAUGCUAAGCAUUACAAUAUAUAAUCUUUUUCUUGAAAUAAUCUUUGUCAUAUCUUGAUAGAAUCAA